UUAAAACCCUCCUCAUUCGCCCUCCACUACCAUGACUUUGCAGACGAACACAGUGAUCCCACUCCCGCCCUAGCAACUUUUCCUCUUUUACCUCCUGCCGCUUUGCUCUCCGCGACUGGAAUACUAUUGAAGCGCACCAAAAAACAAAUCGUCUCCACUCCUUCACCACCCGCAAACUACUAAAUGUUGAUGCUAUGAGCGAACGACCUAUGGCUGCAUCUACAUUAUCUGAUUUACCAAUAUUAUCAUUAUUGCAAAGAAAUCAAUGGAAUAGUAUGGGGAAGAUGUUUGGGAGGAAAGAGGCGUCGUUGAUGACUGGGGACUAAGUGGUGAUGAAAAAUACGGAAAGUAUAGGGACUGGGUUUCUGGGAAUGAACAUGUGUGGAAUGCAUUGUGGUCGAGUUCGGCGAUUGCGAGUCAAUAUUUGUUAUCGAGUCAUGCUACCUUGGGUCUGUUAUUCUUUUAAAAUAUGUGAACAGAAAUUUCGUGUAUCGAUCGAGUUGCAGCUAGCACUAACUCCGAUUCUAGUUCGAUGCUUUCCUUCUCGCCACUCGGGUCCGGUUAGCACCUCAUCAAAACCUACUAGAUGUACCCGAUAUCCAAUUGUUUAGUUAAUAGCAGACAAAAACAAUAGAAGCCCGCGAAAAAAUACUCAACGACCGCUUCUCAAAAGACUACGGCAUUCUAUUCUCUUUUUUCGAACCCGGAAAGAACCCAUAUACGGGUGAGAUCGGUCUAGAUAUCGAUGAGAGUAUUUACCCUGAUCGCAACACACUGGCUUCUACGCACCUAUGCUGUAAUCAGCGGCACCCAGCUGACCCUAAAGAGAAACCACGAUACAACAUCGUACUUAUGUUGGAUAUCGAUUAUGUAAUCCCAUUAGUUGUAGAUAAAUUAUCAUGCCGAACGAUAUGCUAUAUCCUGGCGAAUGUCUGUUGUAGUAAGCCCCUUUCUUCAGCACCUGCUGCUGGGCACAUUCAAGGAAUCCUAAUCUUUGGAUAAUAGGAGCUAAGACACCAUAGAUGGUCUACGAAUUAAUCCAUGCUAUGGAAUUGAGUAGAAACUAUCCGAAUCCCAACAUCAAAAUGACAGCCCCACCCGUACCCAACGAACCAUAUUUUGAAGAUGCAGCUUUAGCCGAGUUAGGAUAUUCAUACGAAAAUGCCGUGGGUUGGACUACCCCAUAACCAAGUUCUAAAUACCAAAGAAAAUCUCUAACGUAUUGUAAAAGUGGUAGGUCGAGAUACGUGCAUCCCGAUAGUAUGCUAUGAGGAGGGGAUUGGAAGAGGAAGCUGAAUUAGAUUAUAUUGUAAUAUGUCAUUUAUGAAGAAAACGGGGUUCACAAUAGUUUUGGGGUUGAUGUUAUGUAGAUUCAAAUAUAUAUAUAUAGAAGAUUGGUUAUUCUCGAAAGAAGAAACAAAAGCUCUUUUUUUAUAUUUAAUUAUAAAAGUUUAUAUGAUUGAUUAAUUAAAAACCUCUAUGUAUUUGGUUUAUAAUUCCAAAUUUCUUGCAGUAUGUGAUAGAUUGAUGGAGGGUACAUAGAAGCAAUGCUCAACGGAACCAUAUGGAGAAAUCGCCCGUUGGGCUGCUGGCUAGUGACCCCCUGGCCAACCAUGGAGAUGAUUUUAACUUAUACGACUUCCAUUGAAAAUCCCAACUCGACGAAGAGCCGCAACCUCCAGAUUAUAAAUACUUGCAUCCAUUCCAGUGACAGUCUAUGAGGAUGUACAAUCCGCCUCGUUUUGGGAGCACGCGGUGCGACCAUAUGGCCACAAGAUCUUGUACUACCG